AUGGACGAAGCAGGGAUUAGCGAGAUCUACGCAUUUGCGAUCGAGCUGGCUCGCAAGGCGGGGCGGGCGAUUGUCGAUGGCUCGUCGCGCCGCUUUUCGAGUGCGGCUGGGUUUGACCACAAGAAGAAUACGGCGGAUCUGGUGACGGAGACGGACGAGGCGGUUGAGGCGCUGGUGAAGCGGGAGAUCAGCACGCGCUUUCCCGACCACGCCUUUAUUGGCGAGGAGUCCUGGGCUGCUGGAGAAGAACAUGCGCUGGGAAACCAGGUGACUUGGAUCGUCGAUCCUAUCGACGGGACGACCAACUUUGUGCAUGCUUUCCCCUACACCUGCAUCUCCAUCGGCGUUGUCAUCGACAGCGUCCCGACGAUCGGCGUAGUCUUUGCGCCGUUUAUGGAUACGCUGUAUCAGGGAUGUUUGGGUAAGGGCAGCUUUAUGUCAAGUCCCCACCACCCUGCUCCCCGACGACUUCCCCUCGUGGACCCCACGCCGCUGGACGAUCUGCGACAAGCAUUGGUUGCUUUCGAAUGGGGAAGUGAUCGUCGCGUCGAGGUGUUGGAACGAAAGCUCGACUGCUUCCGCAAGAUCACCGGCGAUCCAGACGGCGGUAUUGCUGGAGGAAAGAUGGUCCAGGGCGUUAGGAGCGUUGGCAGUGCUGCGCUCAACUUCUGCCAUGUGGCCAGUGCAAACCUGGAUCUGUACUGGGAGAUUGGAUGCUGGGCCUGGGACGUGUGCGCGGGCAUCGUCAUUGCGCAAGAAGCAGGCGCAGCGAUUGUGGGUAGCAAAGACCACGCUGCACAGGCUACACAGGGCGACGAGUUCAACGUCGUCACGCCAGCCGUGCUGACGGGAAGGAAGUACACCGUCAUCCGUGCGAUCGACACCGACAAGGCCAAGAACGAGCAGGCUCAGAAACACAUCCUCAACGAGUUCUACCAGUGUAUCACCGAGUGGGACCCCUAG